CUCGGCUUCCUCCCCUCGGUGUGGUUUCCUGUUUGUAGGUGGGAGGAUGUCGAGACGGUUGCAGCCGCGUUCUCACAGCGCUGCAGCUUCUCAACAGCCGGCGACGCUCUGAGGCGUCGCAGCUACACCUCCCGAUUGGCUCGAGGUGUUUGUGUGAAACCCUCUGAGCUGCGGGCCCCUCUUUUCCACUUUCCACCAGUGGCAGAGUGACAGAGGGCAGUUUGAUCAGCCCACACAUCGCUCACCACACACACACACACAGAGGCCUGAACUUUAUGCUGCUGUUGCAGCUGCUCCUUCUUCUUCUCGGUUAGUGAGUCACUCAUCUUCGGCUCGGAGCCGGUUCACUUUUGAGGCUCAUUCUGUCUCCUUUCAGAUUCUCCUUCUGACUGAUGCGCCUGCGGUCCCCCGCCACCUUCCUUCCUCGGAGGAGCCAGUGAGAACGACUGCAGAUACGGAGGACCGGCGAGUGGACGGAGGUGCAACUCGAGAGGUGAUUGGCUGAUGACAGAGGAGGAGAGUCGCUGACAAAAAAAAAAAGACGCCCAGACUCCAAAUCAGCUCAUCAGACGAGGCCCGAGCGAGGACGCGUUCAGACAUGGCAGAUGUUUGGUUACUGUAGGCGCCUCAUGUGGAGCAGAUACUGUGGAGGAGACCUGAAACUUCCACCCACCCUCCGCCCGACUCUCUCUGCCAUCGCUGUUUGUCCCCAGGCGUAGAUGAACUAUGGAUCCCACCUGGUUGGUGGUGCUCGUGUCGGCCGGCGUCCUCCUCGCCCUCGUCCUCCUGGUCGUCGCCUGCCUGGACUGCAGGAACAAAGGCCCUAUGGUCUCCAUCAGGCAAGGGAGCGCCUCGGAGGAGUACAUCGACAGAUCAACUGAAUUCAGAGUUAUCCACCCCUCGCAUCCAGCCUUUGGCCUAAGCAUCCACUCUCCCUCCAACGCGUUGUCGACUUUGCGUAAUUCACCUGAUCCUGGAAGACGACCCUACACGCCGACAGAAACCGAGAGCAACCCGAGUUAUGAGAAUCCAGUCAAUGGACCCGAGUCCCUUGACAACCCAGAAGGCGAUUACAUAAUCGUGCUCGCUGACAAUCAGAACCGGCCUUCGACGCCCUGUUCAGACACCCUACAUGAUUACGAGAACUUGGAAGGAACACCUGAUAGUAAAUGUUCGACACCUGCCUCAGAGGAAGAAAAUGACCACGAUUAUCAGAAUGUGAAUCCAAGCAUUUCAAAGCUACGGAUCUGUCCAGCAGAGUACUUUCCACGAGGGCCAACACCAGAAUCCUCUCCUGCAGGUGACACCACCGACGAAGACGACGACGACGAUGACUACGACGACAGCGGAAACUACGUCAAUCAACCAGCUAUCAUCCACAGCUAGCCCAGUGCAUGAUGGGACGGGCGAGUGGGCGACAUCUUGACUGCCUGACCACAGUGAGCUUUUCAACCGCCACCUUCGUUUUUCUUCUUCCACUUUUGGCCCACAGUAAUGACUGAUGGUGUUUAUUUAAAGAGCUGAACAACUGAGAAAUGAAACAUGCCUCUUCCCCACCGCCUCCUCUCCAAAAGUGAAAAGUUUCAAAGUAAAACACCAACCAGGAGCCACAUUUUUGAACCUGCUUCGACUUACACUGUCACAGCAGCGUCCGAAAGCUUUGAUCAACGUUGCAGUGGGAGCUGGGGGUGAAGAUAUAUACCCCUGUGGUCAGGGUGUUUUGUGUUAAUGUGAAUGAAUGUCCGUGAAUCAACUUUAAAAUCAUUGACAGACAGUGUAGAACCUGCCUGAGAAUCUUUUUAAGUUUUCCACAGCACCACAGUUAUCAGAUGGUGGUCUGGUCUGCACACUUAUGUUACGCCGCAAACCAGUGUGUCUGUGUACAUUAAAGUUAGUCCACCUGCCCCGAAAAUCACAUUAAAAAGGCUUCAGCCAAACCCAAAUAAUUAAAAUGACCUCAACAAAUGUAACCUUAGAUUAAAAACCACACUGGUCGUCUGUUCACUGCUCGAAAUGAACUUGGAAAAAAGAAGAUAGUUAAUGCACACAUGGUGAUAUGUUUGUUCCUCCUGUUCAUACCUCAGAUUGUGUUUUCAGUUCAGUUAUUUGAGGCUAACCAAAAGGUUACAUCGAGUUUGUAUAUUCUUAUUUUAUUUUGAGAGCUGAACGUGUUGCUGGAUGAACAGUGGAUCACUGAGGUAAUAAUUUAUCCUCAGAGGAACAUGAUCUGGAUUAAAGAGGUGGACCGGCAUUAGCAUCUAGUCCUGCCCCUAGUGUAGCCUAAUAAUAAUAAUAAUAAUAAUAAUCAUCAUCUGUAGAACUGUCAACAUCUGUCUAAAGUGGUUCCAGUUUCUCAUUUACUUCCUGGGACUUUUCUCUAAUAUUUGCAUCUUUGUCCUGUAAAUGUUUUUCUUAUCUUUUUUAAUCUUUUAUUAAUUAUUAAUACAGUUAAAAACAACUGUUUAAUUGAACUGACCACCAUCCACAGUCACACCGGUUUCUUUAAGAGUCUCAAAGGUUGGAAACACUAAAUUUAAAUCCUUUUUUCUCAGCAGCUUUAGUGAAAAUCCUCCCAAACAACUACUGUUUAUCAGGCGUCAGGUCAGAAUCUGAAUCAGUUCUUUUAAAUAGUUUUUUUUUUCUCAUUCUUAAACUGAAAUCAGUCAGUUAUCAUUUUUUCCUUUUUUUUUUUUUUUUUUUUUUUUUAAAUUGAUGAACCCUUUCUUCCUUUGUCUGACAUAGUGAACGGUGUACAUGUGGGCGACACGAUGUUUGAGCUUUACUUUCAUUUUACUGACAACUCCUGAGAAUGUGUAUUUAUGUGUUGUUGCCACGGUUACUGUCUCUGGGCCUUUAUUCCAGAUGUGUGAACUAGAAUUUUUCUUAUGCAAAUAGAAAUCAAUUAAACCUUAAUAAAACCUUUUUGGCAGCAGCUUUUUUCUUUUCUUUUCUUUUUUUUUUUUUUUUUUACUAGUUUUUAUCCACAUAAAACUUUUUAACGGAAAUUCAGAUUUGUUAUUUUAUCUACACCAACAUUCACUGUCUGCAGUCGUUGUUUUUGAGAAUAUUUUUCGUCAAACAGCAGUUGUCAAUAGAGCCGACUGGAACCAAAUUCUUGUUGAAUGAUUACAGUAAAAUAUUGGUAAAACUGCUUGGCUAACUAUUUUCAAUUGCAUUUUCUCAUUUGAUAUUUUUCUUGUUUAAUAAUCGCUAACUUCCAAAGGACUUUGAAAGGUAUCUCAUCAAGCAGCAGUCGGCAUUUAAAGCAACUACAGCCAUUUCUUGUGUGACAAUGGUCAGUGUUGACUAUUUCUAUUUUUUCUACAAUUAUCUGGUUGUUAUGUGUUGGUUUUCAGUGACAGAUCUAGUCGAUGGAUGAUAGACGGACACAUAGAAGCUGUAGAGAAAUAUUUGUCUGUGCUACAUUCAAAACAUUACGACAGAAAUCGGGAGAUUUUUUUUUUUGUUUUUAUUAAUGAACUGGUUUUGUCUUUAAAAGGACAGAGGAGGGACGGGGAGAAAAACAAUGUUUCCACUGUUGUCAGUCCGAAUCUUUCCACCAGUUUUAACGUCUUCAGUCCAUCUUCAUGUCCGCGUGUUAAAACAGUCUGUACUCGCAUAUGAAA